UUGAGUUUUUUAAAGGGGAGCCCACCAGCUUCUCUUGUCUCUCGGUCAACUAACAAUCAACUCUCUGACCAUACUCGUGAACAGGAAGCCCUAGCAGCUCUUGCUGCGGCUAAGGACAGUAGACGUCAUGGAAAUGUUCGAAAGGCUAAGGCCAUCAUCGAACAUGCACUAGCUCUUGCACCUAACCAUCCUGACGUUCUAACGGAAUACGGCCUGUUCCAUGAGGUGCUCGAAAAUGAUGUUCUUGAAGCCGACCUCUGUUAUGCGAAAGCUCUCGCUUUUGAUCCUAAUCACUCGGAAGCACUUGUGUGGGUUUUAUGUUACUUUUAUUGA